UACAUAUGUAGGUAGUACCAAUUCACGAUGCAAGGCGGUCGUAUAAAAACAAACUAAUAGUUUGAAAAAUUAUGGUUUUGAGAGAUAUAUUAAAAUUUAACACUAUUUCUCUAGACAGUAUUACACCUUAGCUGUUCAGACACAAGUCAUUAAUUAAAAGUGAUACUAUCCAUAUAGGGUUUAGGAAGAAAUGUGAAAACAUCAUAGAUUAUUUUUCGUGUUUGUAAUAAUAUAUCUUCCUAUUUUACUAUAUUAUAAUGGGACAGAGGCCUUGAAAAAGGUUGUAAAAAUGCAUAGAAUACUCCUUUUAUUUUUAUCAGUUUGUACCCUGAUUCUGUGCAUCAUGAAGUACCCAACGAUAUUCAGCUUGGAUUCGGAUGCUAUUGUGAUACCAUUUCAGAUUUUUAAUAUUGGUAUUAUCAUUCUGAGUUUAUUUCUAAAAGUGCCCCAGAUUUUGAAGAUGCGGAAACGGCGUCAAAUUCAACUAAAAAUGUUGAGCAUUAAGCCAAUUAUAAUGGAAUUGACUGGGUAUUCCUUAAUGACGUUGUACAAUUACAAAAAUGACUAUGCCAUUUCAACCUACUUGGAAUAUCCAGUUAUACUGUUGCAAGUAUACUUUAUGAUAUAUCUUGUGCUAUGUGCCAAAAGACUUUUGAAGCACAAAUUCACAAUAUCAGGCAUAAUUUUGUACUUUAUUGGUGCAAUUUCAUUUUUGAUGGAUUUGAUACCAAAGGAAACUCUAACCUUUAUUGUGCCUUUCUGCACACCACUUAGUGGAUUCGCUAAAGUCUCAUACAUCAUGAACAUGAUGAAAAAUGGCAACUCCGAUUCUAUUUCUUGGCUGACCUGGACCAUUUCCGUGAUAACAAACUUAGGACGCCUGUUAUCAGUAAUCAUGUCAUCAGGAGAUCUGAACUUGCUGAUUAACUACGGAAUAUCUGCAGUUCUAAGCGCCGGUGUCCUCUCCGCAGCGAUAUAUUAUCAAGUAUAUCCGCGCCGUGAACCUAUUGCGACCCGCCGCACUGUACCCUCGGUUCGUCGCCAUUACCACCUUGACUAAAUCUAUUAAUAAAAUAGAUUCGUUCCAAUACAAAAUAAUACCGUUUUGUAUAAGUAGUAAGUUCUUGCAUUUGCUAUUGCUCACGUAUCAUACUUUCGUAAAUAAUUCAAAAUAUGAAUCCUUUACACUCGUGUCUCACCUAUGUCCUCGUUAGGAUUGUUACACUAAGCUUAUUGCAAGUAAAUAAUAUUAUGUAUUAACUAAGAGAGGCCGUGCACUAAACUAUAAAGAUGGAGUAGUGCUGUAGACAGCUCAAUAAUAAUUAUUCUCCACUUUCUAUACCAGAAACAGUGUGUCUGUAUAAAAAAUACCAUACAUAAUGAGGUUUAAUAUAGUGUGUGCGGCCUAACUUACGUAAUCUCAAUUAUCAUUAAUGUUUAAAUAUAUUAAUUAAUCAUAGUAUGUAGGUACGUUUAAAAAUAUUUAUAAUAAGUCUAUUAUUCUUUGUGAAUAUCUAAAUUUAAUGUCGUUUUAGUGUAUCAUAUGGGGUUUCAACACAUCAAUAAAAUGUCAGAUAAAACACUUUUUUUUUCAAACUUUAGGUGUGUUAUUACAAGGCUUACUUCCACACUGAUAGAACAUGUUGUGGAACAUUCUAGAAGGUUAGUCGAGCCAUAUUCUGCCUAACAGAAAACAUAUUGUUUUGUUGGCCAAUAGAAAAAGCAUGAGAGCAACAUAAAUGUUCACCAUCAAAUAUUUAAUAAUUUUAACGACUUGUGUGAAAGCACCUCAUUAUGACUUACUCACUAAACAUAUACUCUACAUUUAAAUUAAAUAUUAUAUACUAGAUUCACUGCUGAAAAUGCUAUGUAUUACGGUAGCAUUUAUUAAUUUGCUCAAAUAUAUUGACGAUGUCAAUAGUAUUGUUAUUAUUCAUAAGUACCUAACUUUCAAAUUGUAUUCAAAAUAACAUUUUCAAUACCAGUUACAUUAUUAGAAUAGAGGCUUUUAAAAUGUUUAUCCGACUAAAUAUAAUCAGUUAUUGUGACAAAAAAUUGUAGAUAUUUUGUUAUUGAAAUACUUUUAUGUUAUUAAAAUUUAAUUAGGCUGUCGGUCUUUUUCGGAUAGUUUCAUCCAACUAGUCAUUAUAUUGUUUUCCUUUUAAAUAUUGAUAUUAACCGCCAUGUAAUGGUGGACAUCUGAGGGGUUGUUUACUGUUUACAUUAUUGUUCUAUUUUUAUAAUUUAUUGUGUAAUAUUUUACGUUUGUUUACUUACUUCAAUCCCGAGAAUCGUUUUGGUUUUUAUUUAACUUCAAAGUUUUAUUAUAUAUCAUAUUUAUUAGUAUUAUUAUAGCUAUUAGUAUGGCUUAAUCAAAUGUAUUCUUAAUGUGGAAUAAUAAACGAAAGUACAUAAA